CCGCUGCUGCUGAAGAAAUAUUCACAGAGUUUGAUAAAACCAUUCGUCGAGUACGAGGCCCAGCUGGAUCGUCAGCGGACGCUGCUGGAAAUCUGUUGGAAACCCCAAAUAGAUCUGCAGAGAAUAGACCUCCCACAACAUUUUGUCUGGAAGAAGGAGGAGGUUAUUACUGACCAGCAGCUCUGCAACCAGGACAAGAACUUCAGUUUGGGCCAACAUGAACAGGAUGAACCAGAAUCUCCCCAGAUAAAAGAGGAACCAGAACUAACACCGAUAAAAGAAGAGGAGGAUGAAUGUUGCAUCAGUCUGGAUAAAGAGCAACUUGAACUGAAACAGGAGUUUGAUAUCAUUAUAGUGAGUCCUAUUGAUGAAGAAGGAGAGAACCAAGAACCAGAUGUCUCUUUGACGAGCCCAGAACCAAACUGGGACCAAGACACCGUCCAGAUCUCUUCUGACCAGGAAAGAAGCCACCAUGAAGAAUCAGGAUUGAGUAGAGCUAGAGAGGAAGAACUGAAGCAAAAAACAUGGUGUCAGAAAAUCAGAGGUCAUAGUGGCGAUGUAGACAACCCAAAAGUUAAAAGACAGAAGAAAGCAUGCCUGAAUAACAAUCUGUGUUCUUGUAAAGUUUGUGGUAAACUUUUUACUCGCAGUAAUUUGACUAAGCAUGUGAGAACGCACACUGGUGAGAAGCCGUUUUCCUGCAUGACCUGUGGAAAGAAAUUUGGUCAGAGAUAUCAUUUGACUGUUCAUAUGAGAACUCACACAGGUGAGAGGCCUUUCUCCUGUUUGACUUGUGGAAAAAGCUUUACCAUGAGAAUUGCGUUGACGCGUCACGUGAGAACUCAUACUGGUGAAAAGCCUUUCUCUUGUGUAACCUGUGGAAAAAGCUUUGGCCAAAGAACUCAUUUGACUGUUCAUAUGAGAACUCACACCGGUGAGAGGCCUUUCUCCUGUUUGACUUGUGGAAAAAGCUUUACCCUGCAGAUUUCUCUGACCCGGCACAUGAGAAGUCACACAGGAGAGAAGCCGUUGUUGUGUAUGAUCUGUGGAAGAAGUUUCAGCGAACGAGGAAAUUUAUCUCGACACAUGAGAACCCAUACACGUUAGUUGUUUCAGUAAACACACCAAGGUGAGCAGGUGUAAUAUUGUAAAUUUCAUUAUGCUCUUAAACUAAGGGGAAUAUCAAAACAGCUAGGAGAAGCUUUUCAUCACUUAACAGUUAUCUUAAAAAGAAAGGUCUGUCUGUGAAGUGUAAUGAAUGUAAAACUAUAUUGAUUAUCAAGCAGGACAUUAAAUGCAGGUACAUCUAGGAAAUUAUAAUAUUGUGAAAAACAUUUCAGAAUGUGAAACUUAUAAAGAUUCAUUACACCUAGAGUGAAAUAUUUUAAGCCUUUAAUUGUUGUAAUUUUGAUGAUUAUGGUGUAUAGAUCAUGAAAACCCAGAUGACAGUCUGUCAGUAAAGUAGAAUAUUGUGACAAAGUUACUUGUUGUAAACAUUGUGUCACACAAUAAUCAGCUAAUUAACUCAAAAAAUCUGAAAAGGUCACUGCUAAAGAAGCUGGUUGUCAAUAGGGUGUUUUAUUCAAGCUUUUUCAUUGGAAGUUGAGUGGAAGUAAAAAAGUGAUGGGAAAGGGAGCAACAGGAAUAAUCACACCUUUGAGAGGCUAGUGAAACAAAAUCCAUUCAAGAAUUUAGGGAAGCUUCAUAAGAAGUGGACUGAGGCUUGAGUCACCAGUCACACAACCAGUGGUACCAAAAGCUGGUUAAAUGACCACAAUGUUCCUGUUCUUGAUUGGCCAGUAAACUCCACUGACCUGAACCCCAUGGAAAAUCCAUUAAUUGUUAUCAAGAGAAAGAUGACAUGAAGGCAGCUAUCAAAGCACUCUGGGCUUCGAUUACACCUACACAGGGCCACAGACUGAUUGCCUGUAAUAUACGGUGCAUUGAUGCAGUAAUUCAUGCAAGAGGAGACCCAACCAAGUAUAGACUGCACUGAAAAUGAGCCUUGGUAUUUCUGUUUGACAUCCUCAUGUAAACUUAAAAUUUACUGAGCGAUACAAUUCUUUGUUUUCCUUCUCCCUAAGCCACAGUCAUCAAAAUUACAAGAAAGAAAGUCUUGAUAUAUUUCACUUUUUGUAAUGAAUUUAUAUAAUGACUGAAAUACCAGACUUUUUCACACAUUUUUUAAAAGAUGUAUUUGUAUCUUGCCCACUUAUUUUUGUAACAUUGUUUAUGUCUUAUCUUGAGUGUAAUUAAUUUAUACUGACCCACCUAUGCAAUUGUAGCUAAAUGUCGCCUGCUGCAGUGUUUUUUCUGUUUGUCAAAGUUUUAGAAUAAAAACAGCAAAGUGA